GAGACCCAACAUUCACAGUUUGUAUUGAAGGUUUCUAAGGAGAAGGUUAGUCUAUAAUCAUGGCGGAUAAUACAGAUGUAAUUGUUAAUCCUAAAGAGGACAUAGUUGAUCCAUGGACUGUUCAAAGUUCAUCUGAUAAAGGAGUGGACUAUGAGAAAUUAAUCGAGAAGUUUGGAAGUAUGAGAAUUAGCGAUGACCUCAUAAAACGAAUGGAGAGGGUUACAGGAAAACCAGUCCAUCAUUUUAUCAGAAGAGGAAUCUUUUUCUCUCACAGAGAACUAGAAAUGAUCUUGGAGAAGUAUGAGAAUAAACAGCCAUUUUACCUGUACACUGGGAGAGGUCCAUCUUCUGAAGCCAUGCACUUGGGUCAUUUAAUUCCUUUUAUAUGUACACAAUGGCUACAGGAAACAUUUGAGGUACCAUUGGUAAUACAGAUGACAGAUGACGAAAAAUAUUUGUGGAAAGAUGACAUAAAGGAUCCUGAUCAAACAUAUAAAUUGGCUUACGAGAACGCUAAAGAUAUCAUUGCAUGUGGUUUUGAUAUGAAUAAAACAUUUAUUUUCAGUGAUAUUGAUUAUAUCAGUGGAUGUCCUGAAUUUUACAAGAAUAUCUGUCGAAUUGAAAAACAUGUGACGUUCAAUCAAGUCAAAGCCAUAUUUGGUUUUAAUGAGAGUAGUAAUAUUGGGCAAGUGAGUUUCCCUGCUAUACAAGCAGCACCUAGUUUCAGUUCAUCUUUUCCACUUAUAUUUGGUGGACACACAAGGGUACCAUGUCUUAUACCUUGUGCUAUAGAUCAGGAUCCAUAUUUCCGUAUGACCAGAGAUGUUGCACCAAAACUGAAAUUUUUGAAACCAGCUCUGCUACAUUCCGUAUUUUUCCCAGCUUUACAGGGUGCUAAGGGUAAAAUGAGCUCAAGUGAUCCAACAUCUUCGAUAUUUCUAACUGACACCCAAAAAGAAAUUGAAGAUAAGAUAAAUAAGUACGCUUAUUCUGGUGGUGGAGCAACUCUUGAAGAACAUAGGAAAAAAGGAGGUGACCUCGAUACUGAUGUAUCAUACCAAUAUUUACGUUUCUUCUUAGAAGAUGAUGCUAAAUUAGAAAGACUUGGAAGGGAAUAUAAGGCAGGAACUUUAGCAACUGGUGACUUAAAGAAAGAGUUAAUCGCAGUUCUACAGAAAAUAGUAGGUGAUCACCAAGCAAAGCGUGAAAUGGUCACAAAAGAAACUGUGAAACAAUAUAUGACACCUCGUCGUUUAAAUUAUACGUUUAUAUUAUAAAUACUAAAUGAACAUUUGCUUAUGCCAGGUUUCCACUGUCGUGCGUUGCGUUACGAUUAGAUGGUCGUGCAAAUACAAUCGGAUACGUUUUGAUACCAUCAACACGAUUGCCACGACGGGCCUCAAUGUAUAAUAAGACCAGAUAGGAUCACCAAGAUUUCUCUAUGAUUAAAACCACGAUUUCUAUCGUAGCACGAGUCGUGAUAGAAGAAACCUAGCAUAAUUAUUAAUUUCUAUUGAUGUUGUUAAACAAAUAUAUAUUUGGUGUUUUGAUCUGUAAAACUGAUAAUGUUCUGUUAUAUUGUUAAAAAAUAUCUUUCAGAAAUAUCUUUCAGAAAUAUCUUAUGAACAAAAAGUAUCUUUCGUACAUUGAUCUGUAUAAUUGAUGAUAAGAAUCUCAUCAGUUUAUUUACUGGACAUAGAUUUGAAAUAUUUUGUUAUAGUUUUGUCUGUAUUGUUAAUAUGUAAUAAUUUCAAGUUUUUACAAAGUAUGUACUAAAAAGGGGAAGAUUCUUAAAAUACAAAAUAUCUGAUAGGAUAUAUAAUAUGAAUGAAUCAAUUAAUAAAGAUAUGGUCAUGUCUGAUUGAAAAGUCUGUCCUGCAUAGUAUUUAUUAGCUUUGAUGAUGAAAAAAUGUAAAAUGGUAGAUAACUGCAGAUUUUUUCACUUUUAAGCCUUUUACCUUCGGUCGAAACACGUAUUGGUUUCGUAAUGGUUUUAUUAUUAUUUUUUUUGCUGAUAUUGUUGGCCUCCGUGGAACUUAAUAUUAAAUAUUGGAAGUGUUUUACGAAUGGGACAAAAAUAAUCUCAGAUUCUCCAUAUCAUCGCCCAUCAGAGUUGUUGUAAAUAUUGAAACCAUAAUCUCAGAUUCUCCAUAUCUUAUGGUUUUCAUUUUUGGAUUCUUUGGAAUAAACCUAUCUGAAAAAAAUCUUAUGUAGAAAUUUAAACUUUAAAUUAUUUUAAGAUAAGGCAAUACAAUUUUGGUUCAUUCACAAAGAAUGUGAUGGUGCAGGGGAUGAGGUGAUAGCGUGUAUAUUAUACUGCAAUUCGAUUGGAUGACCAAUAUACAAAUUGGAUAUAUGCAAAUUGAUGUUACUGGUCAGCCAAUCGAAUUGCAGUAUUUCUUAAAAUUUCGAUUAUAUCUUAGUUUAAGUUUUCGUGAAUAAGGGCCCAGACUUUUAUUUUAUAAAGAUAAGGUGUAGGUGAAAGUUCGAGAUCUGCUCCUUCGCCUUCCAGGUAUUUCAGGUUCUGUCCCACCCACCCCCUAACAUUCAUCGAGCCCGUACGCAUGUGAGCCCUGUUGAUACAAAUAUGUAAGACGCUAAACCGCAAUUCAUUUCCUAAAUAUGAAAACCUAGUAUAUUCAGACAAAAAACAUGACGACGCUGUACGCUGUACGUGCUAAGUUGCCAUAAAUGAUUGAUGUGCAGGCAGCUUCAUCUCAGACCAAAAUAGGAACUCCACAUUAGACGUACAAGACAGCUUGAGCUUGUAUCACUUAACAAAACAAUUGUUUAAGAUUAGAUUUAAUCAAAAUUUAACAAUUCCAAAAUGAUCAGUGACAUAACAACAUACAAAAUAGAGAGGAAUGGGUUUAACAUCUUCUCAACGCUAUCUAGGACAUUUGUAAUAAUAUAGGGUUUAUUUUAGUUCUAGGGAGCGUGCUCUGUUUAAUAUAUUGAAGUGGUUAAACAAAUGGGCGACAACGAGAAAUAGGCUAUAAGUAGGUAUUUUGCAAGAUUCAAACUUCACGGCCUAAUAGCUGACGUAUCUAUACUUUGUAUAUGAGAACGAGCGUCGGGGUAAAUUUCCCUUUAGUUAGACAUCAUCCGGCGUUCCGAGCCGUACGCCUAACCGCCUCGGCUUAGAGGCCGGAAUCCAUACCUCAUUCGGAGUUCCUAGGGGAACAUCAUACCCACAGCCCCCUCGACUUACGUGCCGAGGGAGAUCAUCUCGUAGGCUCAGAAAGAAGAGCGUAACACCGCAAAACUCAAGCUAGGGGAUAGAGAACUUAUAUUUAGUUUAUAUUUAAUACCAUAUAGCUGUGUGUGUAGUUUCCUUACAUAACCAUUGUAUUAUGGAUGUUACAAAUAUAUAAAAACCAACAAAG